GGCGCUUUCACUUGCUGAGCUUGUCAAUAUUCCAUCUCUGUGUUGUGUAAGAAAAGCAAAAGAAAAAACUAACAAGGGUCGUGUAGAACACAAUCCAACAAAUUGAUUGUCCUGGCUCCCCCAUGCUGGCAAAAAAAAACAUAAACAAGAAUAUUUCACGUAGUUUCUAAAGGGGGUAAACACGUUAAUUUACAAUGUCCAAAGAAGAAGCAUUGAAGAAAGUAGAAGAAGGUGAGGCUUCUGAAGCUACAGAAGUCGAAGAAAGCAAGGUGGAAGAAUCAGCCGAAGCUAAGGAAGACGACGACAGUAAGAAACGUAGUGGUGAUUCUGACAACAAGAAAAAGAAGAGAAGAAGAAGACAAUAUGACGAUGACGUUCCUCCUGAAUCUGAAACCAAGCCUGAGCAAGAAGAAGAGGAAGGUGAAGAAGGAUCAGGCGAUGACGACGAACCGGAAGAAGAAGCUGAUGAAGAAGACGACUUGUUGGAAAUUGAUGAAGCUAAUAUUAUCACUACUGGUAGAAGAACCCGUGGUAAAGUCAUUGAUUUCGCCAAGGCUGCUAAGGAAUUGGAUAAAGAACAAGGAACUAUCCAAGAAGAUGGGGAAGAAGAAGAAGAGGAAGAAGAUAGUGAAUUUAAAUAGAAGGUGUGUACAUUAGGUGUAUAUUAAUAAAGUACAUUAAUAAAUUGAUACAGCACAGUAACAUAAGCACGUUGACUUAAGUGCCUGG